ACGGACGAUGUGUGGAGAGCACGACGACCCGAUUCUCCACAUUUUCAAAAGUUGGUUUCGUCUCGAGUCAAGCGUGCCGGAAGUUUUCUUCACCGGAAGAAAAGAAAAAUCUAUUUCUGUGUGUUUUCGUCCGAAAAAAAGUGCCAAAAAUGGCAUGUUGUGUUCCGUUCACUUCGUGUUUCGCCGGUUGGUUCACCAAAUCCAACCAAAACGUUGGUCGGCCGCAGCAUGCGGCCACAUUCACAGCCAAACUUCGCGCCCGCGAUGGGCGUGAAUGCAACUGCGCUCAGAAACGCAUGAAUGUGACGCAGCCGGCGGCGGCGGCAGUUCCAAAGCCAAGUCAAAAAGGUGCCUUGAGGAAAAUACUGGCCGGUAAGCGUGGUGAGCGGCAGGAGGAGGUGGGACCACUCCCAGAACCGUGCACGGUGGCCCAGCUUCCGCCGGGCGUUCUGAAACACUGGGCCCCGCAGAGCCGUUGCUGCGAGGAAGUGUUGGAGGAAAUUCGUCUGAAUUCUGCCGAUGGUUCCGAGGGUCAGGCUGCGCAGGAAUCGGCCUCUGCUGGCGGAGAGAGCGGAAAGCGUAAUCUGUCUACCCGGUUCCGAAGACUGUUUGUUAAACAAAAAACGCCGGAACAGUUGGAAAUGGAAGCCUUGAGAAAGGAACGGAAAGAGGUCAUCAAGUAUUUGAAGCGAGUUGGCCUCCACAACCCCCGCAUGUCUUACGAUCAUAUGAAAAAGCUGAAAACCGUCACCGAAGAUGCCUUGGAAUCUGAGAGACAAAAAGAGGAAAUCGAAUUGAAAGAAUUGCAACGCGCCAAGGAUCCCCCUCAGCCCGAAUCAAAUCCACAGCCGGCUGACCAGGUUCAGACACCGGUAGCUCCAUCUGCCAGCCAACCAAACCCCGAACCGAACGCACCGGAAGUUGAACCGGUCGCACUUCCACUCCCGGAACCGGUCGCACUUCCACCGCCGGAACCGGAACAGUUGCAAUGGCCGCCGCCCGAGGGUCCGAUGGAGGCGACCGAUGGUACCGUGAUCCAUCCCGGAACGGGACUCCCGGUCUCGGCGGCUAUCGAUUGCCCCGGUACGAUUUGGCAUUUGCCUUUGCCCUAUGUCCCCAUUGUAAAGGAUAACAUGUUAUUGCAUAUUCUACCAGGUGAUGUGCCGUGUAUUCAAUGCAAUGCCGAAGUGAUCGUAGUCCAGGCCGAGAUCCACCCGGAGCCACGAAUGGACGAGGAAAUGGAAUCGACGAAUGGAGAUAAACCGGUUGAGGAGCCGAAGGCUCCGGAAGUGAACAAUGGAGCGGUUCCACCACCACUCCCAGCGAAAAGCAAGCCCCGCAUCGUUGGUUUUAUGCUGAAGCCAGGAGUUACCCUGGAGGAUCUGGAUGCCAUCGAGGUCGACCCGAAUUACGAUCCGGAGGAGGAAGAUCGUCGGAACCGGAUGAGAGCGAGACAUGCCCCAUUCAAGGACGAUUUUACUCCGAAGCCGCUGCAGAAUUUGCGAUGGACUUUUGGGGGUCCGUAAACGUCCGGCUGGUUCUAGUAUUACGUCUUGAGUAUUGGACAUUUGAAAGAUCAACCAAAAAAUUGGUUGAAAUUCCGUGCUUCUUAUUUGAUUUAAGAAAAAAAAAAACUAAUUUGUAACUAUAUGACAAGUACUCUAGUUUUAAGGUUGAACAAACAACAUUAAUUGUAAGUUUUAAUUCUUGAUUAUAUGAAAAUCUCUACGCUUUUAAAUAAAGGUUAUUCAUUUAAAUUUAUUA